AACCUACACAUGUGUGAAUGGAAACCACGUGACUAUAAAAGCUUGCGCGAGUGGAGCAAUUUAUUAUAAUACCUCGCAGCUUCGAGUUGCCAGCGUAAAUUGACGAGCAGUGUGAUUAGACCGUCCGAAGGAAGACUACGCUGUUGUAAACAUCGAAAUGAAUGAUUCCAAACAAAACGGUUAUUCUUCCGAUGGAGAUCCGUUGUCAUGGAAACAACAAGAAGCGGAAGCUCUGUCAUCAGACGAUUCUGCUACCACGUCCAGCGAGGGGCCGAAGAUGAAGCGGCGAGAAGUGUGGGCCAACAAGCUGGACUUUUUAUUGGCUUGCAUUGGUUUCUCAGUGGGGCUUGGUAACGUCUGGAGAUUCCCUUUCCUGUGUUACAGAAAUGGAGGAGGUGCUUUCCUCAUUCCGUACUUUACGGCCGUUUUGCUGGGUGGAAUUCCCGUGUUCUUCCUGGAAGUAUCAUUGGGACAGUUUAUGUCGGAGGGUGGAAUAGGAACAUGGAAGAUUACACCCUUGUUCCAAGGAAUCGGUUACGCUUGCACCAUAAUCGUAUUUCUUCUGAAUUGUGAGUACAACAUCAUUCUCACGUGGACGUUUUAUUACCUGUUCUCCUCAUUCAACACCGUGCUGCCAUGGUCACAAGGAGACAACGAGUGGAACUCCGAGCUCUGUCGAAACUCCUCCAAGAUGGCGUCCAGUCUCAUGUCAAACUCCUCCAAGAUGGCGUCCAGUGUCGUAUCUAAACUUAACGACACGAUGACCACAGUAGCAUACACUGUUGCUACUGAAAACACGACCAAGUGUGAUCCUGUCACGGAAUUCUGGGAGAGAAAAGUGCUGCAACUAUCCAGCGGUGUGGACCACGCUGGGACCGUCAAGUGGGAUCUGGCUCUCUGUCUGCUCUUAGCUUGGAUAGUCGUCUAUGGCUGCAUUUGGAAGGGCAUUAAAUCCUCGGGAAAGGUCAUGUAUUUUACCGCCACCAGUCCGUACAUUCUGAUGCUGAUUCUACUCAUCCGUGGGGUAACACUUGACGGAGCUGCUGAGGGAUUGAAAUUCUAUCUGCUUCCUGAUUGGUCAAAAUUGCAGGAAGCUCAGGUUUGGGUAGAUGCUGGAACACAGAUCUUCUUUUCCUAUUCAAUCAGCUUGGGAACAUUAACCGCUCUUGGAAGCUACAACAAAUUCAGGCACAACAGCUACAGGGACGCCAUGAUUUUUGCGGGAGUCAACAGUUUCACCAGUAUUCUGGCAGGGCUCGUCAUCUUUUCCGUCUUAGGCUUUAUGGCGAAACAGCAGGGGGUAUCCGUUGAAGAUGUUGCUGAGUCGGGUCCUGGCCUAGCCUUCAUCGCCUACCCCACGGCCGUGGCUCAGAUGCCUGUAGCUCCCCUGUGGUCGGUCCUGUUCUUUGUGAUGAUUAUUUUGUUAGGACUUGAUAGCCAGUUUGUUGGUGUUGAGGGUUUCAUUACUGCAUGCGUUGAUAUGUAUCCUCACUAUUUGCGUAUAGGAAAGCGGCGGGAAAUUUUUACUGGAAUCGUCUGCUUCAUCUGUUUCUUAAUAGGACUAUCCAUGGUGACAGAGGGCGGAAUGUAUGUAUUUCAGUUAUUCGACUACUACUCGGCCAGCAGAAUUGUUCUCGUUGUUGCCUUCUUCGAGUGCAUCGUGGUAGCUUACAUCUACGGUAUUAAUCGUUACUAUGACAACUUAGAAAUGAUGUUCGGAUUCCGUAUCGCACCAGUCAUGAAAAUCUGCUGGAUGUUUGUAACGCCUCUAUUCUCACUUACGAUCUUCAUUAUGGGGGCCAUCAGCUACUCGGAACUCACAUACAAGAGGAAGACCUACGAGUACACGUACCCGUCCUGGGCUAUCGGGGUUGGCUGGAUGCUGGCCCUGGUCUCCGUUAUCUGGAUCCCAAUUACCUUUUUCAAGAGAGUGAUAGACGCUGAGGGUUCAAUUGCUCAGCGACUCCUGUCCACUACACGGCCCAUCCUGAAGCGCCAUCAGCUCCGACAGGGCGAGGACCUGACUAAAGUGGUCCUGGACGAGAGCUGCUCUUUUGACCCUGAUGACCCCAUUCUGCAAGGGUUGGACCCCCGUGACGAGCCCUUGUUGGCUAACAGUGUUGAACUACAGAAGAUUGAGAACUCAAAAAGGAAUGAGACGAAUGGUGUAUAGUUGUGGUUCAACUUUUGUACAAAAAACUCAAUGCAACUUUUGUUCAUCAUUCACAUGUACAAAGUCAAUUGAUAAUGUUCACCAGUUGUCAUUUCAAAGGAGUGACGAAGGAAACUGUUAAAAACGUUUAUUGGCAGCAGCAUUAAGUGAGAUUGUGUGUAGUGCAGAUGCCUCGUAAACAUGAAAAAUAUCUCCUAUAACAACAGAUUUGCUGGACUGCUUUUGAGAGCUUCCCCGGAAACUCAAGGACCUGUUUCAUUUGAUCUCCAUACACUCUAGACGUGUUGAUAGUAGCAGUAAUUAAUGAACUUUGUAAUGAAUCAUGUUAUUCUUUUAAUUACGUUUCCCUUGUCUUAUAACACUUUCCUAAUUUUCUAAACUGACAACGAUUUUAGAUCUGUGCUCUGUUUUAUAUUGGACGAUAUUUUUAGUGGUUUCUAUGAACCUGCACUAUUGUAAUAUGUUUUAAUGAUAUGUGUAGACUUUCUGUUCCUUCGUAACUAAACAUAUUUUAAUACAGUAUGAUUUUAUACCAUAUAAACAGUAUAUGUUUAUGUACAAUUUUUUAAGCUUGUAGGGCAUUCCAUGAAUAACGUUUUGUUCGUUUUGAAUAAUCACUCCCAAAAGUUUUAAUCGUUAUUUUAAUUUUGAUAUCCUAUGAGGGAGAAUUCUCUCCGAAUAAAAAUAGUUUGCGUUUUUCA